CUCUCCCGCUUCUACCAAGCAUUCGAAAUGCACAGAGCAUUUUAUAUAUAAAUCCCCAAACUCGCCGUCUCAGAGACCAAUCCACUCCGUACAGUCUCAUUUCCUCUCUCUCUCAGCCUUGGAAUCAGAGACGACGAAAAAUCUCAGAGCCAGAGAAAGCGACGACUGUUCUAGUUCGAGCUCGAGAGAGAGAGAGAGCGAAAAACCCUAGCCCCGCCUUCGUCUUCUUUCGCUGGUCGAUUGCCUUUUGAUUCGGGUGUGGAAGAAUGGCUAUGGAGAUCACCCAGUUCCUAUUGUCUGCUCAGUCGCCUGAUGCAAAUGUCCGUACUGAAGCCGAGACCAAUCUUACACGAUUUCAAGAGCAAAACCUUCCUUCAUUUCUUCUCUCCUUGUCAGUUGAGCUUGCGCACAAUGAGAAACCAAUUGAGUCCCGUAGGCUUGCUGGUAUUGUGCUUAAGAACUCAUUAGAUGCUAAAGAUGCUGUUAGAAAGGAGCAUCUUGUUCAACAAUGGAUGGCAAUUGACAUUUCCAUUAAAUCUCAAAUCAAAGACUUGCUCUUAAGGACUCUUGGGUCGGUUGCAACAGAGGCCAGGCAUACUUCUGCACAAGUGAUUGCCAAAAUUGCUUCUAUUGAGAUUCCAAAGAAGCAGUGGCCUGAGCUAAUUGGAUGUUUGCUUAACAAUAUGACCCAGCAAGAUAAACCUGCCGGUCUGAAGCAAGCAACCUUGGAAACUCUUGGAUAUGUGUGCGAGGAGAUAUCCCAUGAGGAUCUUGUGCAAGAUGAAGUAAAUGCUGUUCUCACUGCUGUAGUGCAGGGCAUGAACCUCGCUGAACACAGUCCUGAAGUCCGUCUUGCAGCAGCAAGGGCUUUAUAUAAUGCUUUAGAUUUUGCCCAAACCAACUUUGAAAAUGAGAUGGAGCGGAACUACAUUAUGAAAAUGGUUUGUGAGACAGCCAUUUCCAAGGAGGUAGAGAUCCGACAAGCUGCUUUUGAGUGUCUUGUUUCGAUAGCGUCGACUUACUAUGAGAAGCUUGAGCCUUACAUGCAAGCUCUCUUUGAGCUUACAUCUAAUGCAGUAAAAGGAGAUGAAGAGGCUGCUGCCCUCCAAGCAAUUGAGUUCUGGAGCUCAAUCUGUGAUGAAGAGAUAGAGCUUCAGGAGUAUGAGAGUACUGAGAGUGGGGACUCUGGGCCUCCCCAUUCCCGUUUCAUCGAGAAGGCUUUGUCAUCUCUGGUUCCUAUGCUGCUAGAAACUCUGCUGAAGCAGGAAGAGGACCAGGACCAGGACGACAGCAUUUGGAAUUUGUCCAUGGCUGGUGGGACCUGUCUUGGUCUUGUUGCCAGAACUGUUGGGGAUGCUAUUGUGCCCCUCGUGAUGCCUUUUGUCGAAGCUAACAUAUUGAAGCCGGAUUGGCGCUGUCGUGAGGCAGCUACAUAUGCAUUUGGCUCAAUCCUUGAAGGCCCAAGCAUUGAGAAGCUCUCUCCCUUGGUCCAAGCAGGUCUGGACUUUCUGCUUAAGGCAAUGAAGGAUGAAAACAACCAUGUCAGGGACACAACUGCUUGGACUCUUAGUCGUAUUUUCGAGUUAUUGCACAGUCCAGCUGGUGGAAUUUCUGUGAUUUCUUCUGAGAACAUUCAACAGAUUUUAGGGGUAUUGUUGGAAAGCAUAAACGACACUCCAAAUGUAGCAGAGAAGGUCUGUGGGGCAAUCUAUUACCUUUGCCAGGGAUAUUUUGAAGCUGGACAGGCCUCCUCUGUCCUCACGCCUUUCCUCACAAACAUCAUCACUCAACUUAUUAGGACUGCCGAUCGUACAGAUGGUGGUGACUCUAAGCUGAGGUCUUCUGCAUAUGAAACCUUGAAUGAGGUGGUCAGGUGUUCCUAUAUUGUGGAGACGUCUCCCAUCAUAGAACAGCUGCUUCCUGUCAUUAUGAAUAAGUUGGGGCAGACUCUAGAGCUUCAGAUUGUAUCAUCAGAUGAUAGGGAAAAACAAGGUGACUUGCAAGCUUCUCUAUGUGGUGUUAUUCAGGUUAUUAUCCAGAAACUUAGCAGUACAGAUGAAACGAGGCCCAUAAUACUUCGAGCUUCAGAUCAAAUUAUGGCAUUGUUCCUUAGAGUAUUUGCUUGUCGUAGCUCUACAGUGCAUGAGGAAGCAAUGCUUGCUAUUGGGUCACUGGCUUAUGCCUGUGGACCAAAGUUUGAGAACUAUAUGGGUGAAUUCUACCGCUAUUUGGAGAUGGGGUUGCAGAAUUUCGAGGAAUACCAGGUGUGUUCCAUCACAGUUGGGGUGGUUGGUGAUAUUUGCCGUGCCUUGGAUGACAAGGUCUUACAGUUCUGUGAUGGGAUCAUGAAACACCUUCUCAAUGAUCUUGGCAGUAAUGAACUCCACCGGUCUGUCAAGCCUCACAUAUUUUCUUGCUUUGGGGACAUUGCGCUUGCAAUCGGAGAGCAUUUCGAGAGGUAUGUCAUUUAUGCAGUGCAAGCGAUGCAGCAAGCUGCAGCAGUCUGCGCACAGCUCGAUGCCAACGAUGAAGAAUUGAUGGAGUAUGGCAACCACCUCAGGCGUACCAUAUUCGAAGCUUAUUCCGGUAUUCUCCAGGGUUUCAAGGAUUCAAAGCCUGACGUGAUGUUGCCAUAUGCUUCACAUCUCCUGCAGUUUAUAGAAGUGGUUUUCUUGGACAGGCAGAGGGAUGAGUCUGUGACAAAAGCUGCAGUUGCUGUGAUGGGUGAUCUUGCAGAUGCGCUUGGCCCGAACACGAAGCUCCUGUUUAGAGACCGUGGAUUCUAUAUCGAAUUUUUGGGCGAGUGUCUGCAAUCUGAUGACGAAUCGAUCAAGGAAACUGCAACUUGGACCCAGGGGAUGAUUGGACGUGUCAUGGUUUCAUGAGAUGAAGCUAGCUGGUUUGUGAGUACAACAGCGAUGUCUGGGUUUCUUUUUUUUUUUUUUUUUUUCUUUUUUCCUCUUUAUUUUUAAUCUCAAUCUUUGUCCUUUUAAACAAGCCUCAUUUUUACUAGUCUUAAGUAAAGCUAAGGCCUAAGGUUGUCGUGAACUUGAAAAAAUUGAGUUCAUCCAUUUUCGUUGUGUACUGCGGGUGUGAGUUUCGAAUUUUCAGAAACGCCCACGAUAUUUGUUUUUGUUUUGGGUUUUCCAAAAACCCAUGAAGUGUCGAAUGUUCGGCCUGCUUAA